AAGUCUCCAAAACAAUAUACAUUCAAAUUCCAAUCUGUUAUAAUACUGACCACCAAUUUUCAAAACAAUAGAGACCACCCUAUUCUUGCCUAAUAAUACAUUCCAUUAUGGGCAAAUUUGGUGCUGCAAAUUCGAAUGUUGCUCUUUCAACUCCACUCCACAGAACCUAUGUCCCCAGAUACCAAAACUGCAGCAGAUGGAAUAGUGGCAAUGAUAUCAUUUUCAGUAGCCAAAACAAGCCUCUAAAACUCAGAUGGACUAGUAGCACAGAUUUGAGAAGCAAUCUUAGCAGCAAUGGGAACUUGUUGUCGAUUACGCUGUUGAAUAAAUAUAGUGUAAAGCUGAGAGCUGUUUCAGAAGAAGGAGAGGAGAAUGCAGUGGUGGCAGCAGCAGCCGCUGCCAUAAAGAGUGACUGGGCCAGCACUUUGCAACUUGUAGUAAUGUUUGGACUAUGGUAUUCAUUCAACAUCUACUUCAAUAUCUACAACAAACAGGUCCUAAAGGCCUUCCCAUAUCCAGCAACCUUAACUGCACUGCAAUUCGGGUGUGGGACGCUCAUGGUUCUCAUAAUGUGGGGUUUCAAUCUUCAUCCAACACCGAAGCUGAAGAGAUCACAGGUUGUUCCGGUCCUGACACUGGGUUUAAUUCAUACAAUUGGGAAUGUACUGACUAACAUUAGUCUUGGAAAAGUUAAUGUUUCAUUCACUCACACCAUCAAAGCAAUGGAACCGUUCUUCACUGUCAUGCUUUCCUUCCUUUUCUUAGCCCAGAGACCAACACUGUGGGUAGUCUCUUCUCUUGUGCCUAUAGUAGGUGGUGUGGCAUUGGCAUCAACGACUGACACUUCAUUUAACUGGAUAGGCUUUAGCACAGCAAUGGCUUCCAAUGUCACUAAUCAAUCACGUAAUGUGCUUAGCAAAAUGUUCAUGAUUCGUGAUAAGGAUGGUCUGGACAACAUCAAUCUCUUCUCGCUCAUGACAAUAAUUUCUUUUGCACUACUAGUACCUACUGCAAUACUAACUGAGGGCGUCAGGUUUACUCCUGCCUACCUGCAGCAGUAUACCACAAACCAGGGGCUAAAUCUGAAGGAUUUACUUCUCAAAGCCAUUUUUACUGGGAUAUGCUUCCACAGUUAUCAACAGAUUUCAUAUAUGAUACUACACAAGGUAUCAGCAGUGACACAUGCAGUGGCAAAUUGUGUGAAAAGAGUUGUGUUAAUAGUUGCAUCAGUUAUUUUCUUCCGGACGCCUGUUUCUCCUGUAAAUGCCCUUGGAACGAGUUUGGCUUUAGCUGGAGUCUUCAUGUACUCCAGAGCAAAGCUGAUCAAGCCAAAACCAAAGAAUGCAUGAAUUGAAUGAUCAACUAUUAACAUCUUCAUCUUACCUGGUGUUCACAAGAGGAGUUAGAGCAUCCAAUUUUAGUUCUAUACUGAUUUGUUAAUGGAUGGUAAUAAAUAUCUAAGCAUGAUUAUCAAAAUGUUAAAAAAUAUAUAGCUAGUGAUGUUUCCAUGCAUGAUUAUUGAUGCAUGUAAUAAUGUAAAAUGUGGAAGAAAAAAUUCAGACAAAUUGAUAA